UAUAUAAGAAAAGCUCAUACUUACUGUGAUAGUCACUUGAAAGAGAAGAUUGACUUGUUCAGUUUGUAGGGGACAAUAUCUGUUGUCGUGAUGCCUGGAUUAAUCUUUCCAUUUGCCUUCUCAGCCCACCUGAAAGCCAGUUUUGGCAUUAACAAGAACAAGGAAGACAAGAGGAAACAAAACUUGGCUUCAGCUGAAGCAAUUCAUUGGUCACAGUCACUGGAGAAACUACUUGCAUCUUCAAGUGGUCUGUCUGUCUUUGAAACCUUUCUUCAGUCUGAACACAGUGAAGAGAACUUGGAAUUCUGGGUAGCAUGUGAAGACUUUAAAAAAACAGAAGCAUUAACUAUUCUUAUAUCGAAAGCAGAAGCAAUUUAUAAGGAAUUUAUCCAGGAAGAAUCAUUAAAAGAGAUCAAUAUUGACUUUCAAACAAGAAAUGACAUCAAAAUGAAUAUUAAAGACCCUCAUCCUUUUUGCUUUGAUAAUGCACAGAAGAUUGUAUAUAGGCUUAUGGAGAGAGGACCCUACCUAAGGUUUCUAAAAUCAGAUACCUACUUAAAUCUAAUAAAUAUGCCAGAGUCAAAAAGCCGGAAAAGCUGAACAUGUGGAUUAACUCAGUCAACUCUACAAAGUGUACAAUGGAAGAAUACAGAAGAGACCCACAAAACUGGUAUGCCAGUUACAGAAAUGCUGUCGACAAGAUUCUCACUUCUAUGUUGAGAAGUAAACUGGGAAGUUCAGAAAGACCAGAAAAGUAUAGACAUUGAAGAAGGAGGAAAGUAAAAGUGAAGAUUAUCACUAAAUCACAACUACACAAAACGAGUAGUGAAACAUCUUUGCUUUGUAAAAUCUUGGUCAGAAAUAGAAGCCGCUGAAAAAAAACAAUGAAAUAUGAAAAUGCAUUGCCCGGUUGCGAUCAAACAGAUUAUUGACUUCCAUAUACUUGUUGUUUCAGAUGUGUUUGAUAACAUAUUUAUGUAUAAUAACAGGCAAAGCAAGAAAGUGGAGUCUUAGAUGGAUAUACCUGCAAAACUGUUAACGUCAUCUGGAAAAAAAAGUGUUUGUGUAUUUAUUUGCAAAAUCUAGAGCAAGUUUAAAUUAUUUAAGAUUGCAUAUAUCGUAACCUGUCACUUUCCACCAAGAAAGUGCUUGAUACCCUUUAAAAUGUUUAAAAUUAACAAAACAUUUCUAUUUAUGAAUUUGCUAUAUUAGUUUACAGAACAAAUACCUAUAAUGCAGUGAAAGAAAAUAUAAUGGCAACUGUGCUUUUUUUAUUAUUUAUAGAUGUGUUUAUUUAUAUUUUUGGUACUUGAAAAGCUCAAAUGGGUUACGUUUUUUUUAAUGCUAAAGGAAUAAAUCAUUCCAUAAGUUACUGUUGCAUUAACAUCAACAAGCAGAUAGAGUAAUUUUAAACAGAUCAUCAAAAGUUAACUGAUUGGAAGGUGAUACUGUUUGAAACUAAAUAUACUUAGUUAAAAUAUACAAUAAUUGCAUAUUAGGUAAAGAAGUCAACAGUGUAACACAGAGAAGUAAGCAGUGCACUGUAAUAACAUGUUUUGUAGUGUGUUGUACGUUACUGAUAUAUACCAUGUGUUGUUUAAUGAAUGUCAGUAAGAUAGGCACAUUGAAAUAAUGCAGCUGUGGGAGAAAAUGACAUGUAUCUUCAAUAAUAAAAGCUGUAAGGGGCAUGAUAAAAACAAAGAAUCCAUAUGUGGAAUUAAAUAAAUAAUAGUCAUCCAGUAGUCUAGAAUAAUGCAUAGAAGAAGAUUCUUCUACAGAAAAUAAGGUUGCAAAAUUACAGACUGUCACAAAGGAAAGGAUCUAAAGGAAAUCUGGAAAUGGAGAAUAGAAGCUAAAUAUGGAGGGAGAUGCAAAAAAGAAGAAAAAAAGAGAGAGCGGGAGAGAAAGAAACAAAACAAAUUGCAGCUAAGGAUAGCAUAAGACAAAUCAUCUGAAAUAAAGCACGUGAAAGCUCAAAGGAAUGGUAGAAAUAUGGCUAGAGGAAGUCGAAGGUAGGAGUUUAUAACACUAGUUAGGCACCAAAUUACUAAAACACUUGCAGCAGUUGUUAAGUACAGUCUCGUAAUUAUUCAAAAAGUAAACUAGUUAUUAAAUAUAUUUUGAAGUCUUGAGAAUAUUUUCAUCUUUUAAGUAUUCAUUAAUCAUUGCAUUUACUAUUUUUUGACACAGAAGCUUUUGUAUUCCAUAUUUUGUUUACUUUGCAUAUGCUUAGACUUCUUGGCUUAUGAAGAUGCUAAAAGACAUGGCCUGAUAUAUCUUCACUUAUGAAGAUUCUAAAAUGGUGUAAUUCUUCUAAGAUAGGUCUUUAAAGGAGUAUGUCACUGGGCUAGAAUAAUGCCUUUCUUUUGGAUACAGUGCUUCUUAAUAUGAACAUUAUUUAGCUCUUAGCUUUUCCACUGACCUUGGAGUGUUCAGCUUCAAAAUAAAAUAUAUUGUGGAUAAAAAAUGUGGGAUAUGCUUAGUAAGUGAAAAUAUCAAGUAAUACUAAAAUAGUUAUUGUCCAUUCAUUAUGUCUCUCAGUCAAAAUGGUUAAUAGAGUAUAUAUUCAAUGCUAAGAUUAAGCAGUCAUUAUUUAUUACUAGUCAAUGAUCAUAAGAUCCUCCCAAAAGAAACACUGGUUUUCCUACAGAAAAAUAUUGUUGUUUCCUGUUACAGUACAGGAAUCAAUGCUACUCUUUAUCUUUGCUGCCUCAUAUAAUUUAUAUUAUUUAUCAAAGUGAAUUUUGCAGAAACUACUACAAACUAUUUAGGUGGCUAUAAUUGCUGUCUGUCUUAUUUUAUGCCAUGGCAUGUUAUGUUUUUUAUGUCUCCUGUUGACUGUCUAUCUGUUUGUAUUAUAUGCAUGUGUCAAUAACUAAUGAAGUAAUAAAAAGAAGUUAG